CAUAGCGCUUCACUGGCGGUUCAAGAAGAAGUGAAAAGUGAAGUGCUUUAGCACCGUGGCUUCUCAAAGUAAUUGAAGAUAGUGUAGUUAAAUUAAUAUAAUGACAGAUGGGAAAGCGUGCAAAGUGUGCAAUUUCACACGACAGACAUCAUAUGGCGUUGCUGUUCCUUCGUUGGAUGAGCUAAAGAAAAAAGGAUGUGAGUUUCUCGGGUUCAGCCCCAGUGACCCAGUCACAGUGGUCCUAGAGCAUGAUGGGACGAUAGUAGAGGACCAAGGUUAUUUUUUGUGUUUACCAUCAAACACAAAGUUCAUGCUGCUGCACAACAAUGAGACAUGGGCUCCAUCUCGCAAGAUCGAUGGUGGCACAGCUUGGAUGGCGAGGGAGUCCAUGCUGCUGGAGGCUGAUACGGUUGAUGCCUCCAGCGCUGCAGCACCGUGGGUGAAUUUGGCCCAGCAGCUGAAGCAGGAUCUCACCAGCAUUAUCCUCAUGUCUGAGGCAGACCUCCAGUCUUUAGUGGAUGCUCCUUGCUCUCAACUUGCCUCUGCUUUGGGCUUCCAAGACAAAAAGGCUGAAGAGCUCCAAGAGACACUGCAGAGGACUUUGGAUCGAAAAGAGGAAGAGAGGCAGUCCAAAGCUCUGCUCCAGCUGUACGUCAAAGCUGUGGAGAAGGAAGACAGGCUGCAGGAAGGGCCGAGCCAUCAAGGUCCUGUCGACGUGGACGUGCCGGACGGAGUGGAGGUGGACUCUGUUUCUGGAUUCAUGUCCAGAACUCUGAUGGUCCUGAAAGGGAAAACAAGCCCGGAGACCAGACUCUCCACCGAGGAUUUGCAGAUGGUCAUGUCGAAAGGACCGGAAGUCAUGCGGCAGGUGCUGGGCUGGGACUCGGAGAGGACCACUGCGCUGCUGCAGGCCUGCAAAGCAGAACUGUCCACACGCCUGCAGCAGAUUCAGGCCAUGCAGUCCAUCAGCAACACGCAGCUGGAUGGCAGCAGACAGCCUAAUGCAACAAACACAGAGGAGGCUGCUGAAACUCCAGGGAGCUCCUAGGCCAAGAGGCUUCACCUGAGCCGAGACUGAUAAGAAUUCAUACUACCUGCCUCAGGGUCAGCAGAAUGGGAUUUGCUGUGUAUUACUGCUGCUGUACAUUCAUUUUGAGAUGUUGAUAUUUUUUUUAAAGCUGCAAAGCUUUUUGAGUGCUUCGAGACGAGGCAAGUUAUAGAAAUUUAUUUCAAGCAAGAUGAUUUGAACCACUUGGAUUGGUGUUCAGCGGGCUUUUAUUUGAUGUUUGUCGUCUACAGAAGAAAGAAUUUAUGUAAAACUUAAACCAGCAGGCAGAGAGUUCCGGUGUCCCUUAAGGUGUGAAACAUAGCUUUUCUUGGUCCAAAGGUAACAACACUGCAGCCCAGGUUCUCCAGCAAAUGCAUUCCAUCUUUCUUAAGCCAAUUCUUUUUAUCUAGGUGUGUCAAGUCACUGUUCAAAAAUAAAAGUUGAAAAUGUGAUGUA